AUGAUUUGGCUCAUACUCUUGUUCACGCUUGUCUCAGCUGGGUUUGAGCCAAAAAAUAGGGUCAAGUUUGAAAGAGCUCAGAUCCCGUUGGUUGAUGUUCAGCUGUACCUUGACAGCGGCGACUAUGAAGUGAUGAGAUACCCAGGGCUGUCCUAUUUAUGCCACAUCCCAAGAGACGAAGUCAACAUUACUCGGCCGCUGCCGUCGACGCCUCAAUUACUAGAGAAAGGCUUGCAAUUGAUCAAGGAUCAAUUUGCCGGGUCGGAAUGCUUGUUGGCACUCAACAUCCAGGCUGGGUAUUGGACUGUCGGGUAUUGCUUUGGCGAUAAGAUUAUCCAGUUUCACGAAGAUGCUAACGACUUCUUUAGCGGCAACCACAAGCCGCAAUUGCCCAACCACGUCUAUGUGUUGGGCAAGUUCCCCGGUGCUACUCCGUAUCAGACAAUCCGGAUCAAGAACCAAAUGGGCCACGAGGUCGAGUUGGAUAGCAACGACUUUGCCAUGCUUGAUGGAGAAUUUAGCUUUUUCGAAGAUAAUCAAAAGUACAUCAAGCAUACUCUACUGGGCGAGAUAUGCGAUCUUACGUUGCGGCCGCGGACAAUCGACAUCGUGUACAAAUGCAGCGAGACGGCCCAGAUUUUGGAGUUUCAAGAGAUCAAGACGUGCCAGUACCAGAUGGUUGUCGGUGUUCCCAAGCUAUGCGAGAUGGAGGAGUUUCGCAAACUCGUGGAGACCGUGGUGGACAUCACUUGUAAGCUGAUUGAAGGAAGCAACGAAAAGUUGGACUUGACGCAGUAUAAGCUACAGCCAAUGGGCAACGGGAUCUAUAUCGGCUCGCGAGCUGGGCACCCGAAUGUCGCGGUUUCGAUUGAUCACUUGAGUGACGUUCAGUUUGGCCAGCACUUGGUUUCGUGUUUGGAACGGUUACCUUCUCCGGAUAAGCUGACGUUGACAUGGAGUGAUACCUUUGUCUUUUGGAUCGAGUUGUAUGAUUUGUUUGGCAAUUUCGUCCUGUUGUUCCGAAUUAAGCGGGACGGGCUGGAUGAGACACACCAGAUUAGCAUUGAACAAAUGAAUACCACGUCGAUUCUGAGAAACUUUGAGUUGUUUCAAAGAGCCGAGCACCAGCGUUAG